GUGAGAAUAAGAGUUGAUAAAUAAAAUAAAAUUGGAUUUUUGUUUUUUUUUCUAACUUGGCUGUCAGUCAGACGACAACAUGAGUGCAGAGGGUAUGCUUGCAGGAGCUUCCCUCCUUUCUCGACCGGCAGAAGAGUUUGAAAAUGAUCAAACUAUUGAAGCAAUGUGGGCAAUCAAAGCUUAUGAGCAUGCAGAAAUAUACUUUAACAUUCUAUGCUCAGUUGAUCCAAGACUUCUCCGACUGACCCCUCAUGAUGAUUUGAUAUACAAAACAUUCAGGGAAGAAUUUCCAAACUUGGAUGUUAAAGUUUUGAAUGAGGAUGAAAUUAAAAGUCCUGAAGGGAAAGAGAAAUGGAGACCGUUCUGUGAAAAAUUCAAAACCACUGUAGAAGACUACAGUUUUGGAACAUUAGUACGGGUUAAGUCAGAUGGAGAAUACUCAGAAGAUAACUCAAUGUUGACUACAAGAAUACAGUUUCUUGCAAUCGAGUUGGCAAGGAACAGAGAAGGAUACAAUGAUGACAUAAAAAACAAGUUUAAACCUUGUAAAUCAAAGAAACCAUCAUAGUAAACUCAGGUUUUGUCAUUCAUUUUAAAUAUAUAUUUUUUAUUCAUUAUACUAAA